AUGACAUCACUUCCCAUACAUGGUUGGCGUCCCGGAUAUUUGGUAAAUUCGAUUGUGGUCGGGGAAAAUACCAAUCUCGCUUUAGAAUCAGAAUUAAUAAUUCAAGCAGCAUUAUUUCAGCUGGUCCAACAUGGUUCUCAUCUAAAGGGUUUGAAGCUAAUAUAAUAUUUUAUCGUGUCCACCCGUUUCUUAAAGCCUUGACGACUUUUUGCUUAUUGGGCGUGCGGUUUUCGUUUCUAAGGAAAUUAUGUGAUCACGCCGGAAGGUUGACGAUCAGAGAACUUGGGUGAGAGGAUUUAAUUUACUUAGACUUCACAUUGACAUGAUGGGAGACGUUAAUCGUCGACAGGACCGCGUGAAGCGUGAGCUUAAAAAUAUGGUUUCGGCCAACGUUUUUUAUUGUAAGAUUUGUGAUGUUCGUUGUACAUCUGAGAUGAACCUUAAAAUGCAUUUCCUUGGGUUGAAACAUAAAAAGAAUGAGGAAAGCUUUAAAAAUGUUCCUGGAUCAAAAGGACACUUUAAAAACACAGGGACUAAAACGUUUAACACUGUUAAAAAAAGGAUACCAACAAUUGAUGCACCACAUGCCUAUGGGUCAUCCCUUUUGGAACAACACAUAAGAGAUGUCGGCAUAAAUGAUCCUUUAAUUGGACUGAAAUAUGUAAUUGAAUAUCAGACUGAACAGUCACCAGAUCCUACGUUCUUCUGUGGACUUUGCAAUUGUCGAGGAGGAUUUUCCUCAUUCAUCUCUCAUUUACUUGGUUAUAAGCACAGGCUGAACUAUAUGGGAAGAGCAUACCCAGAUGCAUUACAGCUUGAUGGAGUAAAACUAAAGCAGUCAGAAUUGAAUGCAUUAGUUAAAGAAAAGGCAGAAUUGAUUGAGAAGAUUGAUGGAAGGGGCAGUGUUAAGGUUGUUGUGGAUGAUACCCCAGUUGAAUUUUCUGGAGGAAACCCUGGGAAAAGAGUUCCAGAUAAUUAUAACCAGUCACGACAUGACAACUUUGGAAGUGGUUUCAGUAAUUUUAACAUGGAAAGUCCCAGUGCCUAUGACCCAAGACGGGUGCGAUCACAAGAUGGACAGUCAGAGAAAUAUUCAAGACGCGAUAACUUUGGAAGUAGUUUUGGUCAGCAUGAUAAUAUGGGAAAUUCUAGUUCCUAUGAAUCGAGAAUGCCACCUUGUCAUGAUUAUAGAUCAGCUGGAGAGAUGAUGCACGAUGACUGGAGAAAACCUACAAAAUGUGAAGAUGACUUUAUGGAUUGGAGUGACGACAUGCGAAACUCUGGAGAUGAUUACAGAAGAGGCGAACCAUUGAGGAAUUAUUGUAAUGAUUAUUCCAAAGGAUCUGAUGUUGAUGAUCGUUGGAUGCAAAGUGACUUUGAACCGUACAGAUCACCUGAUUCCAAACCUGCCUAUACAAAUGAGGAGUUUUUUGAAUAUUUGCAAAAUUUUCAAAUCACUAGCGAUAGUGACGCAAGUUUUGCCUUGAAAGUUACACAGAGUCUCACAGAUGGACUAAUGGAAUAUCGUCUCAAGACAAUGACUGGAUUAAAUCAAGACAAAAGACCUCUCUUGGAUGAGGAAUUGAGACAGCUUCCCAGUAUACCAGAUGAACAUUCAAGAUAUGAAUCUCGCAUGCCACAUCCAGCUUUGUCACGCCCAACUUCAGGUCCAGUGCCAGGAAACAAUCAAAGAUACACUGCCAGCUCAACUAGCUUUAGACCUAAAUACAAAGUUGGUGCCUGGAAAAAAGCAGUUGCAAUGCAAUCUAAAACAAAUUUCAAAAGAACAGGUUUUCAAUCAAAUCGAAGGCCACUGAAACCCUCAACGUUUAACUCCAGUCUGUCAAAAUCAAAACAUGGUGGUAUUUUGACCCCACACCUGCUUAAGGCUGUCCGUGGAAUGGAUAUUAAUAAAGCCAGUAAGACCUUGGCUAAACUGUCGAAAACUAAUCCAGCAUUGAAAGGAAUGAAGGUCUCUGGCUUGGUUAAUGUGCUGGUGGAGGCUGGUGUGCUGAAGAAUAUGCAGACUUAAGACCAGCACCAGCUGAAGAAGUGGAGUUGGUGAUUACAUGAGAACAUCAGGAGGACUGUAAUAAAGAUCUAGAUUUCUGCUUGUUGUGAGCCAUUAAGCUUUUAGACUAUUGUCUUAGAUAACCACUGAUAAAACUGAAGGUGUUAAUUGAAUUCAGUUGGAGGAAAAAAAACUAGACUAGCUUGUAUGAAAUAAGCUUAUUUUUUCAUAUCCUUGGGUGGUGAAACAUUAUGGAAUGUCAAAUGUUUUGUUGCAUUUUUCUUAAUGCUGAUGUACAUUUCUGCAAGUAGUGUUUUGUUUAACAUGUUCUACUUGGUGUACAGAUUGUACAAUGAAACUUUGCACCUGAGUUCAUUUGUGAACUGCAGUGACAUCCCUCUUCACCUGGAUUAUGUCACAUUAAAGUUGUGUACUAAAUUGUAUUGCAGUAAAUUCAAAAGUUCAAGAAAUGUUAUUAUGUUGCUAUGCUCAUGGAUUUAAAUUAUAAAUUUUAGUGCUGUAAUUCAAAAUUGUUCAUAAAUUAGAUGUCAGUUUCAUAAUCUAAAUUCUUAUUAAUUUUAUGCCUUUAAGCAGAGAAUAAUCUACAAGGAAUAACAUUCUGAAACUCAAUGAUUUCAAAGAUGGAACACUGGCAUUAAAAAAAUUGAUGUAACUAGUCCUUAGCAAAAAGUUACUAAAAUACAAUAAAAUGUAUUUUCAAA